AUGAGGCUCGCAGACAGCCUUGCUCGACCCGACCAUCCUUUCACUGCCCUCAAUCGAACAGUCUUCGUCUGGCGACCACCUUCCUCGACGAAUUGUCGCCCCAGCGUUCAACCCUCGGUGAUCCUAUUCUUCGCUUCCAUGGACGCCGACGUUCGGCUUCUUCGGAGACAUGUUGACGGUCUACGGGCGGCAUUCGGCUCAUCUAUAUUUUAUUUUAUCAAGUCAUUUCGGACGUUCUACUUCACCCCGACAAAGCAGCUCGAACGAGCUUUGGAGCCGGUUGUUGAUGGGCUUCGAAACGCCAUGCGCACCGAUUUCAACGGUGUAUACGUCCAUGUCCAUUCAAAUGGCGCUGUCUUCCAACUGAUGAUUCUGAGGGACCUGCUUGCGAAGUCGGAUUUCUCUGGAAUACCGGCUUCCCCUGACGUCCCUUCUGUUCUCAUCCUUGAUUCAACUCCGGGAGACCACGGAUUACAUUCGAUCGUAUCGAGCACCGCUCUUCCACUCCCGAAUCCGGUGCAUCGCUACGCCUUCAUCCCAAUCGCAGCGGCCGGAUACGGCCUAUUCUACGUGCUCAAUGCGCUCAGCGGACAUCGCCCCAUCUUCACAGAGGCACGCGAAAGCCUCAACGAGCAGGAACUCCUACCACAUAUUACCCCUGCCAGGUCUUCAAUCCGGUUGUAUGUCUACUCGCCUCGAGAUCGCAUCUCUCUAGCUGAGGAUAUCGAGCGGCACGCGGAAGACGCUAGGGGCAAAGGACAUCCGGUCAAGUUGGAGAAAUUCCAGCGGAGUUGGCAUAUAACGCACGCCAGAGAGUUUCCAGAAAGAUACUGGGUCGAGUUCGUCAAGAUGAAACAAACACUCUUCGUCUUACCACAUCGCACUCCUCCAUGUCGGCCGCAUGACCACAAUUCUAGGUUUGCUAUCAGUAACCAGGACACUGCGCGAUUGCAAGGCAACGACACCGGUCAUAUGUUUGUUUCCCGGAGCUUCUGCAUCAUUUUCCAUCAUGUUUCGACGUUUCACGACGAUGACCGGAGUUCUCAGGCGUUACCGUACGGAAAAGUACCGUACCUGCAGAUAACACCAAGGGAGCUGUUGUUGGCAUGGGAUUCUGCCGUCCCUAUCGCCACCUUAUCCCAAAGAAUAGGUUGA